GAAAGUGAAAACUGUGAUUUAUACAAAGCAACGGGACAUUGCAGGUCUAUGGUCUUGCUUGUCUAUGGAAGGCCAUUACCACGUAUAGAUGCUGUUGAUAUGGAUUCCACUGAACAACCCGGAUCGGAGGUGUUGUCGCCGGUGGGCAGAUCUGAGGUCAGUAUGCCAGAGUGGGAACAGGAUUCAGAUGAAUGGGAGAGACAGUUACAGCAGGAACUUCUACUGAUUCAGAGACAGCAGCAGAUCCAGAAGCAGCUGCUUAUUGCUGAGUUCCAGAAACAGCAUCAGGCUCUACUGCGCCAACACCAAGCUCAACUACAAGAGCACAUUAAGCUGCAGCAGGCUCUGUUGACUCUCCGGCAGCAGCAGGAGGCGCUGAACGAGGAGCGCCUGCCUGACACAGAGGAGGACAGAGAAGAUGCACAGGGUGAAGAGCAGGAGCGCCACAGGAGGGAGCAAAACCAGCACCUCAACCACAAGAAGAAAGAGCGCUCCAAAGAAAGUGCCAUGGCCAGUACAGAGGUGCGACAAAAACUACAUGACUUCUUGCUAAAUAAAUCAUCUAAAGACAUGUCUCCCUCUGGUCACCCUCUGAACCAACGCUCCAAAUUCUGGUACAUCACCACUCAGCACAUGUCCAUGGAGCAAAAUUCUCCUACCUUAGGGGAGACGCCUUCCACAUUCAAAUCCCCUCUGCCCUCCGGCCUGGACACCAGGGAGGACUUCCCCCUCAGGAAGACUGCAUCUGAACCCAAUUUAAAGGUGCGCUCAAGGCUAAAGCAGAAGGUUUCAGAAAGAAGAAGUGGCCCCAUCCAGCGCCGAAGAGACGGCAGUGUGCUGGUGACACCCCCCAAGAAGCGCCCGCUGGAUCCCAGUGAUUCUUCAGCCAAUGACAGCUCUCCCAGCUCUGGCCCCAGCUCUCCCAUUGGCCUAUGCAGAACUGAGAAUGGCCCGACCCACCAGGCCAGCACCUGCCAAAUCGAGAAUUAUGUGCCACAAGGGGGAGUACUGAAGGCAGACGGCUCUCUGGCUCUGUUAAACCUCUACACAUCGCCUUCCCUUCCCAACCUCACCUUGGGCCUCCACUCUGGUCCAUCUCCAAUCAGUCCUGCCUCAUCUUUGAAGGAACAAGCAGGAGAGUUGGGUAGUGUACCAUCUUUGCGGGAACCAAAAAACAUCAGCCAUCAGGCUCUGCUGCAGCAUCUGCUUCUAAAGGAACAGAACAGGCAACAGAAAAUGCUAUCUUCUGGUAAUGCCUCAGCGCUUCCCCAGUCUCCUCUAGUGAUAAAGGAGCGGUCAGCAGGUGGCGCUCGACCCAGACUGCCUCGUCAUCGGCCUUUGAAUCGGACCCAGUCAGCACCACUGCCCCAAAGCACACUGGCUCAACUCGUUCUCCAGCAGCAGCACCACAACUUCGUGGAGAAACAAAAACAAUACCACCAGCAGGUCCACAUUAACCAGAUGCUGUCCCAGUCUAUCGAGCAGCUGAGAAACCCCACCGCUUACAUGGAGGAGGAAGAGGAAGUGAAGGCCCCGGAGCGCCCUCUGCCCCCUGCUGGAGUGAUACGGAGCCACAGCAGCUGCAGCAGCGCCAGUAUUCAUUUAGAUAUCAGCACAAAAGCCGAAGCCUCCAAAGUCCCUGCCAGCGUGAUCAAGGUGAAAGAAGAGCCAGUGGAUUCGGAGGGCAGGGUGGAGGAGGAAGCACUGAAUUUAGGUGUGGUGGGAAGAAGAGAAAAUGGAAUAGAAAGAGAACUGGAGCAGCCGAACAAGGCUUUAUUGCUACAGGUGAAAACUGAACAGAACGUAGAGAGCAUGACUGAGACCAACGUCUGAGAAGAAUUGAGUUGAGAGAAUUGUGGCAAAAGGAAUAAAUGAGACAAGGAAUAAUGAAAGUUGGACGAAUUUAGAAAAAGAGAAAGAAAUAAUAAUAAGUAAAGGACAAAGAUGACAAAAUAUAAAUAUUCAUA